GCCUGAAACAUAAGCUAAGGAAUAUCGGGCUGAUUGCGUAAUCAAAAUAAACUACCGCAGAGGAAAAAUCCAAAUAUUUUGAACAUGGACGUGUUCAGUAGAAUUUUUCACCCAAGAUUUGUUUUACCUUUAUCAUCAUUUGGGGCACUCGUUGGAGGUUCGUUGCUUCUAAAAGACUAUAAUGGUGGUGAUAAAUGUCCAUGCAAAGCCAGAGUUGAUGGCAAAACUGUGAUCAUCACUGGAGCAAAUUCUGGUAUUGGAAAAGAGACUGCGUUGGAGUUAGCGAAGAGAGGUGGCAAAAUUAUCCUCGCUUGCCGAGAUAUCAAGAAAGCAGAAAAGGCCAGAGAAGAGAUUGUUGCUUCUAGCGGCAAUACAGAUGUGAAGGUCUUGCAGUUGGACCUUGCUUCCCUAUCCUCUAUAAGACAGUUUGCUGAUCAAAUUUCAUCAGAUGAGAAAGGUGUUAAUAUUCUGAUCAACAAUGCUGGUGUUAUGAGAUGCCCUAAAUGGAAAACAGAGGAAGGCUAUGAGAUGCAGUUUGGAGUCAAUCAUCUAGGUCAUUUUUAUCUGACAAAUCUGCUACUGGAUAAAUUAAAGUCAUCAGCACCAAGCAGAAUCAUCAAUGUGUCUUCGGUGGCUCAUAAAGUGGGCAAGAUAAACUUUGAGGACAUCAACAGUGAGCAGCGUUACAACUCGGCAGAAGCCUACUCAAACAGCAAGCUUGCCAAUGUUCUCUUUACAAGGGAGUUAAACAAACGACUAGAAGGCACUGGUGUAACAGCAAACGUCCUCCACCCGGGUGUAGUAAAGACCAACAUUGGUAAACAUACAGGCAUGCACCAGUCUGGGUUCUCUAUGGCUAUCCUAGGCCCAAUAUUCUGGCUCUUUGUGAAGUCUCCGGAACAAGGGGCACAAACAUCCAUCUAUUGUGCAGUGGAUCCGGAGCUGGAAAAAGUGUCCGGACAAUAUUUCAGAGACUGUAAGAAGUCUGAAUGCGAUGCCAGUGGCAAGGACGAUGAGGCUGCAGCGAAGCUGUGGGACAUCAGCUGUGAGCUCACCGGUCUUUCUCCAGAGGAAUUCAGAAACAUAUCAGAAAAAACAAAGGAAACAAUCAAGGAAGCUAAGAGAUGAUAGCCAUUUCUGCUCUGUGUGAAGACAUUCUAAAGGAGGAAAUCUAGUUACAGAGCAUCUAAAUUAUUUUUUUUAUGGAGACCACCAGCAAUUCUUAUCAUAUGCUGAUUCAUGUACAAAGAGUCAGCUGAUGAAUUCUGAACAGAGAAGAAUGCUUGAUUCAUUGACUUCAAAUUAAAGCUCCAUAGUUUGAUCAUACCAUCCCAGUUUUUGAGUUGUCUUUUGCAUAGUUGUCUUUGAAGUUGAGAAUGUUUGAGUAAGGCAUCGUUUGCAGACUUUUUAUUUAUAGAGAGCUCUUUGGGAGAUAUGUCCUCAAGAAAACUUUUCAUGUAGAUAGCAUAUCUGGGAACUCCCAUGGAAACAGGAAUACCAGUAACAUAUCAGAAUAAUCUAUUUCAUCGUAUCAAGCAGUAUACACGCAUGUCACCAGACUGUUGACAAUGGCGAUGUGGUAUCAAAAUUUGCAAAAAAAUAUCAGUGGGGAAAUUGCAUACUUUUCAACCCUAUCAUGAAUGUUAAUCAUUUUAGGGUACUCUGAGAUCAAAGAAUGUUACUUUUGAGGGACCAUUUUUUUAAAUAUAUGUAUGAGCAUGCCCCCCCCCCCCCCCUCCCCCGGUGUCUGUCAUAUUCACCUGUUUCAUUUCAAGCAUUGAUCUUCAGUUUACUGAUAUUUCUUGUAUUUGUUAUGCAAUCGUGUUCCAUAUGAAUUGGGAAUUUGAUAAGUGACAGUGUGUGACUAUUUUGUAUUAAAAUACAGCCUCUAAUGA